AUGUUAAGACUACGAAACGGUUAUACCACAAGGUUAUACUCAACACUAAAUAACUAUGAGUUCAUAAAGAGUGAGAAUGUAAUACUAAGGAAUACAUUUAUUUCACCGUUUAGAAAUGAAGAUGGUAGUUUAAUAAAAGGUAAAAAUUCAAAAGAAGCAAGAUUAACUGAUAAAACAUUGGAAGGUAAAGCUAAUCAUGAAAUAAGUAUACUACCAGAACCUAUUUCAAAAGUAAUACAAGAUCAUAUCUUACCAGAACAUCAACCAACUCGUCUUCGUGAAAAAAUACAGAAAAUAUACCUUGAACUUGGUAAAAAUCAAAUACAAAUUGCUCCUACUACAUCAUUAGAAGUUAAUGCUCGUAUUGGUGGUUUAUUCCUACAGGACUAUAGUCAUGUAAAACAAGUGCUAGGAGAAUUAAAAGAUAGGAAAGAAAAUUUUAGUCCACAACGUGUUUUAAGUAUUGGAUAUGGUCCAGCUACUGGUAUAAUUGCGUUAAAUGAGUUGAUGAAGGAUGAAAAAUGGACUCCAGUUGAAAAGGAAGCCUAUAUUAUUGGAAGGAAGAAUUAUGAAAUGAAGAAAAAGGCAAAAGUGAUACUAUCAAGACAAGAAAGUGAAAGUAAGGAUGUAGAAAAGGGAAAAUUAGUAGAUCACAAAGAGUUAACUAUAGAAACUAAGUUGAGAGACAAUUUACCAACUAACAAACAAUACGAUUUAAUCAUUCUUGAACAUUCUUUACUAUCAAAAGAGUACAAAUUUCCAAAAGAUAUUGAUGAAAAUAUUAGAAUGGUAUUAAAAUUGUUAUCUCCCGGUGGUAAUUUAACUCUCAUCGAACGUGGUAAUUCUGUUGGCUUUGAAAGUAUUGCAAGAGCAAGACAAAUUAUGAUUAGACCAGAAAGUCAUCCAACCGAAAUUGGAAAAAUCCCAAGACCGUAUCUUAGGGGAUCCCGUAUAAAACCACAAAGACGACCAUUUAAAGAUGAUGAUUUAAUAAUUGAUGAAAAUUUACAACAAGAAUUAAAUGAAAAAUUUGGUGAAUUGACAGAAGAUGAGAUUAAAUUUGACGAGGAGGAUGAUUUUGAAAAUUAUGAAGUUAUGGAAAUACCACAAGAAGAAGAACAAGAACAAGAACAAGAACUUAUGGAUUAUCAUUUAUCUGUAAUUGCACCUUGUCCACAUCAUAGAAAAUGUCCUUUACAAUUGGGAGACCCAAAAUAUUAUAAAAUACCAUCACAUAAACAUAGAUUGAAUUUUUGUUCAUUUACUAAGAAUGUUGAAAGACCAAAGUAUACAAUUGAAUUAAAGAAAGGAUUAACGUUAGCUUCUAAGUGGGAUAAAGGUGGAGAGAGUUUAACUGGUAAUUUAGAUAGAAAAGAAAAGAAAAUUUAUGAAGGUAAAGGUAGACCUGGUGGUAAGAAUUAUGAAACUGGAUCAUAUUCAUACUUGAUCGUUGAAAGAAGUGCUAAUGAUAAAGAAACAAUAGAGAAGAUAAAUCAAGCUCGUAAGUUUAAUAAUUUUGAUCAUAAAGAUUUCAUUAAAGAUAGGACUUAUUGGCCUAGAAUUAUCGAAACUCCAAAUAAAGGUAAAAGUCUAGUACAAUUUUCAGUUUGUUCAAAUGAAGGUAAUGUUGAAAUGUUUAAAAUUCCAAAAUCAAUGGGUAAGGAAGUGUAUCAUGAUGCUAGAAAAGCUCAAAUCGGUGAUUUAUGGCCAAAUGGAUACAAAAUAAGAACUGUGAAAAAUCAAUUAAGUGACACCAACAAAGAAAAGUUGGACUAUUUAUAUAAAACAGAAAAGAAGACUUUUAAAAAAGAACAAAAGACUAAAGUAUGGAAAAAGAUCCAAUCACAAGACAUCAAUUCAUUUUUUGAUGAUGAAACUGAAUUAAUGAUACGUAAAUUUGAAAAUUCAAAUAAAUUAACAAAACAAGAUCGUAAAGAAACAAAAUAUAAUGACAAUAAUGACAAAAUGUAA